CGUAGUUUACACCAUGGUAAAAGGGGAAAGUGCGUCCAAAUUCCAGGAGGAAGUAGCGCAUAAAAAAAAAGAUCAGAGGGAAGGAAGGAGGGACCAAAAAAAAAAGUUCCACCUCAAUCGAUGUCAUGACUCAGGCCAAAGGUGAACCUUUACACCUUGUUGAAUCAUUGAGACAAAACAAGCUCUUUUCUGCAGCAUCAAAGAAAACAUCGAUCGACCAGAUGGGAGGGAGGCAGCCCUGUUCUAGAUCGGAUGUUGCUUUUCAUUACCGGCCGUGCUGUCACCGGAUUCCUUUCUUCUCCAUCUCGAUUUUUCCCCCGCAAAGCUGGGGCCGUGUGUGACGGGCAUCGCUAUCCCCUCCCGGGUGGUCGGGAACACAGUGAUUUUUGACGAGCAUGGUCGGCGGCACGCGCUCUCAAGCAACAGCAGCAGCGGCCGCCGUCCAUCACCAACCGACGUUUGAACCUAGUGCUAUUGGAGUUGGCGGUGGGGGCUUGGCGGGGCUGGCAGACCAUGCAGCGGCCGCACCGCCGGUAACGUCGACUUCACGACGCAGCUCUGGGUCUUUGAAGCGGGAGCAUCCUGACGAUGGGGAUAUGGAAGGAAGCGGGAUCUCACACUCCGGACAACGGGGCGGGGCCGGCGGCGCGGCCGAUGGCAACAACACUCCUCUUCCGGACGGCAGAAAACGGCGUGCUGGGGCAGGUUCCGGCUCGCGUGGGGUUGCCAAUUUGACACCUGAGCAGCUUGCCAAGAAACGGGCAAACGACAGGGAGGCGCAGCGAGCUAUUCGGGAGCGGACACGUAACGAGAUUGAGAGUCUCAAGAGACGCAUCGAAGAAUUAACCAACCAGAAGCCCUAUCAGGAGCUCCAGGCUGUCAUCAAGGCCAAGGAGGCCGUUGAGGCCGAGAACGCGGAAAUCAAGCAACGACUUGCGACCGUCAUUGGCAUGCUCCAGCCUUUGCUAGGCCCCAGUGUGGUCGCCGGUGCACACAGCGGUCUCUCUGCGGUUACUGAGAACCACACCGUCACCCCGCCUGUCUACCAGCAUGCCCCUUCAUCAGGCUACAUGCCCUCACAAGCAAUAUUGUCUGCCGAAUCGCCAUCCAACCAUGUUUCGACAUCGAACGGUACUGCGUCGCCUGCCGGGUCGAUUGAUAUCCCUGGCAGCUAUUCCCAGCUCAAGCACAGCCAGAAUCAGCACCAACAGUGGCAGCAAAAUGUGGUGUCUGAUCUUGUUACUGGAAAUUCGUCUCGCUCCUUUCCCGUUCAUACUCCUAAUGGAAUUCAGGUCUCAUCAAGAUUCCACCAACACCAAGUUUCCAACCAUUUUGCUCAACAAACGCAACACCGUCAGUCUAACCAGCAAGGACUACUCCAACAAGUCCCUCAUCAGCAGCCGCCGCAACAAGGCACCCAACUGCCCCAGCUUGAGGACCACCAGUAUCGGCAACAGCCCCAGUCACAACAGCUGCAAGCAGCCGUUAUCGACACAAAUAUCGAAGCCAGUUUGGACCCUAAUCUCGACCCAAAUCUACAACCCCGACUAGAUCCUCGCCUAUACACAGCAUCCCCUACCGAUUCCAACGACGUGAACAUGACCUCUGGCUUUGGUGGACAAAGCAACGCAGAAGAUAACAGCGACAGACUUGGAGAAAUUAUUCCAGAUUUCUCGACACCGGUCAAGAAUUGCCCGCGAACUUGCCCACUUGACGGCAUGCUCCAAAAUACCUUGCAAGAGCGUCGACAACGCGCAGCAGAAGGUAUUGCACCGUCAGAGAUCAUCGGGCCUCGCUAUCCAUCGGUAAAUUCACUACUAAACCCGUCCGCCACGCCCCAGGACGAGCGUACUUUGCAUCCGAUAUCACAAGUCUUCACCGACAUUGUACAUGCUUUCCCUCACAUGACGGGCGAGCCCGAGCGCAUCGCAAUUCAUUUCAUUAUGACACUGUAUCUUCGGUGGCAGGUCAACCCUACGCGUGAGAAUUACGAGUUGAUGCCUCCUUGGCUACGCCCGCUGCCUUCUCAAGUAACUCUUCCCCACCCAGUGUGGAUCGACUAUUGUCCGUUCCCACGCAUGCGGGAUAGGAUAGUCAGGGACUUUGCAAAAGCAGACGCUGCCGGACUCAAAAGCUACUGGGUGAACGAUGACGCCAAGGGCAGCCUCAUAAUUGGCGACAGCAGCAGCGGCGCAGUCAAACAUCACAAUGCGCCAUAUCCUGGAAUGGAUCCCCCAACACCGUUUAACCUCUUUGCUGGAGUCUAUACGGAUACCAUAUCACUGAACUGGCCUCACAAUAAUCGAAGCUCUCUACUGGAGAGCACAGACAGCUCUAGCGACCCCGUUAUCACACCGGCCUUCGAAACCCAUUUGAGAAAUCUCGACAACUGGACGUUAGGGCCUGAGUUUUUUCAUGUUAUGCCUCACCUCAAUGGACUGGCCAACCUCAAGACUGCGGACGGUCAGAUAAUAUUGGCGAGGAAAGCCUGACUGUGUGCUCAUUGGCUGGUACCUACCUUAUAUGUAUAAUCUUUUUUCGCUGAGUAGAAGGUUCGCCUUAUUUUGAUGAAAAGAGCCACAACAAGAAAUUAUUACUAUUACGAUGACAUUUUGCUUAGCUAAAAUGUGAAGAUGACAUACAAACUCAAGACUCCCUG